AUUUUUAAAGAUCAGAGAAGAUCCUUCUAUAACUUGAAAUAUUACUGAACAUAUAGAAGUAGCUCAAAGAACAAUACUGAAACAGGAAAUCACUAUACAAACUUACAUUUGUCUUUUACUGCAACCAUUUCUCACAGGGUGCUUUUUGAAACAACUGGAUGUUGCAAACCAUUUCUCACAGGGUGCUUCUUGAAACAACUGGAUGCUGCAAGCAACUGAACCGAAUGAUGUUUUCACUGUUCAGUUCACAAGCCAACAAAAAGGAAUGAAAUAAAUCUUGUUCACUGGUUCACUCCACUUACUGCCUAUCUUUCCCAUCACCGCUCUUCAAGAUGAGACCAUGAAACACACACCAGCGCUAGUGAACCUGCUGCAUUGACCCCACCUCCCAUUGACACAGGCCCAUGAACACCUGGUCCACUGGUUUCAACUGGACUUCUAGAUGAAAUCUCAGUAAGGCUUUGAAUGUAUCCACUCUCCUCUCACCGCACCCUCAUCAAAACUCACACCCUCUCUCUCGUUAACAUCAAGAAGAGGAGGCCAGCUUCACCUUCACCUUCACCUUCACCUCGGAAGCUCAGACUGCAACAAGAGCAUGAUGGUUCAGAAGGGUUGUGAGAGCUGCACGAAGUGGCAAGAGCAUUACUACUAGGAGCACAUGGAGAUGAGGAAGAUCCGCUUCUCCAAGGUCAUGACUGGAGAUUUUGCCCGGGGCAUUAGCAUACCGGAGAAGUUCACAAAAGACUUCAUUAAGCAGAUCACCAAAGGGUUUGACCUGAAAGUGCCCAGCGGUGAAACAUGGCAUGUCGGCGUAGACAAGCAUGCCGAUGAGCUGUUCCUCAUGUCAGGAUGGGAGGAUUUUGUCAAGGCUCAUGAGUUGCAGGAGAAUGACCUCCUUAUCUUCACAUGCAAUGGCAACUCUUCCUUUGAUGUCCUGAUCUUUGAAGAGAGUGGCUGCGAGAAAGUGUAUUCUCUGUUUGGCAACAGGAUCGGUCCUAAUAUGUGCAAAUGUUCCAAUGAUAUGGCAGAUCAGGGUCAACAAGUUGAGCACUACUCUGUGAGUGAUUCUGAAGAUACUACUAUGCCGUCGCAGCUGAUUGGAUCCCCUGACUAUGCCUCUACUUCAAAGAAGUCUAGUGGCAAGGAACUGAGGCAACAGCCUAAACCUCUGAACAGUAGCAACGAUCAUGUCAAGCGUGAGCCAAUUGGCGAAGAGGAUGGUGAUGACGAAUAUGCUAACUCCAACUACUACUACUCAAGGAUUGCCAAUCGGCUAAGUGAUGAGGAAAAAGAGGAAAUAAUCAGCUUGGCUUCCAUCCGAUCAGACAAUCCAGCAUUUGUGACUGUUCUGCAGAUGAGCCAUGUUCGACGCAAGAACAACUUUCUGAUCUUCCCCAGUCGAUUUGUUGCUGAUCACCUUGACAGUAGGCUGCACGAGAUCACACUUCGUAGGCCAAGUGGGAAAGACAAGUGGUGUGUCAAGUACUAUUGCGCACGUGAUGCCCGGGGUAUCCGAAACUACAACUUUUCCAAGUUUGUGAUUGAAAACAAGCUUCGCGAGGGUGACAUCUGCGUCUUUGAACUGAUGAAAGAUGCGAAGAGGGUGACGAUGACUGUCCAUGUCAUCAGGAAGUUUGACGACCGGUUUGUUCUGGUGGGCUAAGUUCUUGUUUGGUGCAUUGUAUUAUAUCCUCCUAAGAGUUGGCAUGUAGAAUGCACAACAGGUGUGGUUUCUGCAGUAUGUAUUAUGUAGGAGUGGCACUGGAAACUGAAACUGGAGCUCCUAGUGAUGCCUUUUGCACAAUGCAAGUGCACUUUUGUAAGGUAACCUCUUGAUGCAGUGUGGCUACUAUAACAAAAUGUGGUCUGUGUGAUAGAUGUUUCUAAGCAAACGUGGCCCUGAGAUGGUGCCUUUUUCUCUUGUGCCUAGUUUAGUUCUGCCUGAUGCUGCACUGCCCCUGAUACUCUUUGUCCUGGGUGUUGUUUCAGGGGCAGUUUGUAUGUUUAGACUGAACAGUUCAGUGGAAUCUUGU